UUUACCCUGGCAGCCCGGGCCUCCCAAACCACCUCCCCCGUCUGUGAGUCAUUCCCAUUCCUCCAGGCUUGGAGCACUCCGAGCCUUGGUCCUGUGCGCACAGCUGCUUUUGCUUCUCCGGAGCCGAAACCAGAAGAUCCCAUCAUGUCCCGCUUUCGUCCAGCCACCACCACACAAACCACAGUCCGGCGCGAAAUCAUCAGCGACGACGAGGACUUCUUCAGGUCCCCUUUCAAGUCCAGUCCUACCACGGAAUACACGACCGUACGACGUCGCGUGGGCCCAACGGGCGUCACCACCACGACCACAACCACGACCUCUCCUGGACGUGUCCGCCCUGUCGUUACGGAACGUCGCAUCCACCGCGCUCUUGGUUCUUUUGGAGACUCUUUCGACGACGACACCUUCUUCGACCGUACGUCGUCCACGACGACCCACAGCCGUCCUAGCAAACUGACCAGGCAGGUCAGCGGGCCAGCUGACGAGUUUCGAGUUCAGUUCGAAGUCGGAGAGUUCAAAGCCAGCGAGAUCGAGGUGAAGACCAGAAACGGUAUGGUUCUGGUGAAUGCCAAACACGCAGGAGGUGCAGGGUCCAUCAGCAAGGAAUUCACGCAGCGCUGCGAGCUUCCGGACGGCGUAGAUCCCCUGAUGAUUAGGGCGUGUCUCAGCCCUCUUGGAAUCUUAACCAUCAAGGCACCGAGGGAUAUGUCCAAGUCCCGAUACGUUAGCAUGUACGAGAGGAAUGUCCCAGUCAGAAUGACCAUGUUGUAACAUUCGAAACUGUACAACAACAUCUUUUUUUUUUUUACAUAUAUUAUCCUUUUCGGAGGGCUUUGUUAACACACAGGUGCGAUAUAUCAGAUCAGAACCUGGCAUCAAAUGAAGAGAGAGUGUACAUUUUUGUAAGAUUUUUAAGCACGCGUGAUUUCGCAUACGCACGUGAAUUUUAUUUGCCUAGAAAUUCGAACAGAUGAGCGAGAAAUAUAAAGCAACUGGCACAGAAACAAGAUCAAGCAGGCGCACACUUAAAUAUUACCAGAAGAAAUUUUGAGAUUGGCGUUCGCCGAAACUAUGGUUCUCAAUUGGUAAAGACCUGUCUACUGAUAGAGCAUAGAGGGCGAAAUGAUUAUCUAAACUGAAUAUUAAAAUUAUCAUAAAUCAUCCAUGGAAGGAAACAUUACUCGGGUAGACAGAAGGAGUUUGUACGCUGCACGUCAAUUACUUUGCCGUGGCCCCGAGUUGGAAUAUGUCCACAACUACUUUGUAAAAUUUCUGUACUUUACCUAACGGUGACGAGUCGUAAAAUGUACAACCAAAAUAAAACGAUUUGUUCCCCUA